AUGACUUUACAACGGGUUAAACUCCUAUUUAAUGGUCGAUGGGAUGAGAAUUCUCAAUACCAUGAUUUCCGAGAUUGUGAUGCGUAUAUUCCAUCAAAUUCAUCGUUCCAACAAUUUGUGGAAUAUAUCCAAGGUAAACUUUUUCCCUCUGGUGAGUUAACUAUAUCUCGUUUGAUAAUGUACUGGAUUGGUUCUUCCAAUUCGAAUCUUAUUAGCAUUGUUGAAGAUAAAUAUAUUUUGUGGUUGAUGUUAAUGUUACCAGAUUCCCCCGAAAUUGAUUUAUGUGUAGUUGUUGACCAUGUCUCAUCUGUUGCCCAAAACUCUCAAAAUACAUUGUAUUUGAAUAAUGAAUCGACAAACAUUGAUCAAUCUUUCAAACAUCCUGCGGGCAACAAUGAAAUUGUUGAUUCUCAAGAUUUUGAUGUCUUUCAAUCUGGUAUUCCCAUUAGAGUAGGUUUACCUUUUAGUAGCAAGUCUGUAUUGAAGAAAGCAAUUUAUUUUCUUGCUCUUAAAAACAGUUUCGAACUUACUACUACUAGGUCAAACAAAACUUCGUUUGAAAUUCAUUGCAAGGAUAUGUCUUGUGGGUGGUAUCUACGUGCAUCUGUAUAUAGAGGGGGUGGUGUGUGGAUUGUUCAGAAAUUCAUCGAUAACCAUAAAUGUUGUAUUGACAUUGUUAAAGAUGGUCAUCGACAAGCAACAUCCUGGAUUGUUGCUGAAUGUACAAAGGGGACUUCUGAGUCAUCAUACAUCGGUUUGCCACCAUUUUCAACUGCAUUGAUUGAAAACAAUCCUGGAACAUAUACAACACAAGAAUUUGAUGAUGAAGGUAGGUUUAAGUAUUACUUUAUAGCGCUUGCUGCUUCUAUAGAUGCAUGGAAAUUUUGUUUUCCUAUUAUGUCAGUCGAUGGUGCAUGUUUAAAGAACAAUUUUAUGGGGACAUUAUUUUCUGCUUGUACACUUGAAGGCAAUUCGCAGAUUGUACCUCUUGCAUUUGUCGUUGUCAAUUAUGAGAAUGAUGCAUCAUGGUCUUGGUUUUUUCGUAACCUUAAAGCUAUUUUUGGGGAUUCUAACGACCAUGUUAUUAUGUCUGAUGGUCAUAAAAGUAUAGCCAAGGGUGUUAGUUCUGUUUAUGAUUUUGCUGAACACGAGUUGUGUGCAUUCAUUUGUAUAAAAACCUUAUUAAGAACCAUAAGUCACGUCCAAUUGUAG